ACCGACGGGCAACGAAGGGCAAAGUAGUGGAAAGAUGUCGAGCGGAUAUGAGCUGCACCAGAAGCUGCGGACCAAGACGGUGAGGCAGCUCAAGAAGAAGGACUACGAGGGCGCGAUCAAGUCGCUCUAUGACGGGUCCAAGCAGCUCCUCUCGGACAAGGAGCAGGGCAGCGGCUGCGAUCUCGCCUGCUACCUUGUAGACGUCUACACCCAGGGCCAGAUCAAGAGCGACGAGCAGAGCAGAACUCGACUCGUCGAGCUCAUCUCGCUGGCCGCGCCCGAUUUUUGGAGGAAAAAGGUCAUUGAUGCGUCCAUCAGGUGGUCGGUCGCUACCACAGGAGCUCCUGCUGGAGACGGUUACCUCAGGCUGGCAAUCGCCGAGAUCCUCAGCAAAGAGGGCGAUUACCUCGCAUCGGAGCCGCACUACAUUGCCGCUUGCAGUCCUCCCCCAGCAAUGGCCUCCUCGGACCUCUUUGCGCCACACGCGCCCAAGUCUUUUGCAUGCAUGAUGCUCGACUGGCUCGCCGCCCAUGCCUCCGAAGCAACCAAGGAGCCCGGCGAGAGUCGUGCAGCCGAGUCGAUUGAGCGUGUGGGUGCCGGUGCAUUUGCCCUGCGAGGCUUGCUCCCCCUGCUCCUCGCGCGCGCCAUGACAAAUUCGCGUGCCUUCCUCAAUAUCUACAUCUCGCGCCUGGUCCAGAAGCACCCGAACCUUCUCCUGCCCGUCAAGCCGAACCCAAAACCUUUUUCCCCCCCGGGAGGCAUGCCCGCCCCCGAGUCUCCGCAGCAGCUCUACCUCACGGCGAGCCCAGACUUGAACUUUGCACAAAUGGCCUUUGCCAUGAUCUCGCAGGCCGUCGAUCACAAGCGCAGGACCAGCGGCGCUAGGGUGCCUGACCAGCUUCGCGAUGGCUGGCUGGCCAUUGUGAGGCAGUACGAGCGGGAAGCCGGCGGUCUCGACGACGACUACAUGGCCGAAGUUCUUCCACAGCUCGGCUCCAUCUACUUUGACAUUCAGCCGUCGAGACCACAGGGCGGGAACUUUAUGCAGGACAUGCUUGGCUCCCUCAUGGGUGGCGGUGCCGGCGGCGGUGCACCCGGAGCAGGAUCGUCGAACCAACCUCGAACAGUGGCAGUCAAGAGUGCCCCUCCGCCCGUCAUUUCAAAAGCCGCCGAUCCUGGCCAGGCAGCGGCUGGUUCUGCUUCCGGACCUGGAGAUGCCUCUGGUGGAGGAGAGGACUUGGACCUGGACUAAUAUGUUCUCAAGUAGCGAUGCUAUAACACAAGAAGACCAAGAGAUGCGAUAUUCCCCCAUUU